ACUCCAUUUUUUCUCUCUUUCUCUUCUCGAAAACUCUUCGAAAAUGAGUGAAACUGUACAACUGGACGUUGGUGGAACUAUAUUCAAAACUUCAAAAUCUACAUUAACAAAGUUCAAUGGAUUUUUAAAAAUUAUGCUGGAGAGUGACAUUGGGCUAAAAAUCGACGAAUCUGGGAGUAUUUUUAUUGAUCGUUCCCCGAAACAUUUUGACUUGAUACUGAACUUCAUGCGAGAUGGUGACGUGGUUCUACCCAGUUGUGAACUCACAGUGAAGGAGCUGCUAGCAGAAGCUCAAUUCUAUUUGCUCGAUGAACUAAUUGAGUUGUGUAGUUUAAAGAUUGAGCCUGUUCAAGCUCCAAAGAUAAAACUUCGGUUUAUUGAAAAUGAUUCACAGCUGCUUCAAAUUCUUGCUGCUCAACAGAAGCCAAUGCUCAUAAUUGAAUACUGUAUGGUCGGGAAUGAUAUGUCGAUUCCUUAUAAUUUUAAUCUUUACGAGUUCAUAGAAAAGCAGUCACACCAGUUUGAUAUUUAUUUUCAGCGAUUGAGUGAAGACGAAUCUUCUCACAAAUGGAAAGCUAGGAUAAAGUGGAAACCUACUGAGAAUGGGUAUUAUAGUCAAUUUCCCUACAAUCUUCGAAUUAAUCGAGGUGGACGGAUAAUACGGGAUGCAGUUUUUUUGGAACGAUUGGAAAAAAUGAUCGGGGAGUUUGAUGAGUUUUUGAAGAAGCAGAGGAAUAGAUGAUUAACUCCUUUUGUGGGUUUUUGGCGAUAUUUCUAAUUCAGAAGUUAAAAAAAAUUGUAUUUUAGU